AUGAGGUCCUGUCUGUUGACGGGCGCCGCUUCCUGCCUGCUCGGGCUCACGGCCGCCGCCGGCAUUCAGCCAAUCGUCCGCGUGCAGAACCCAGGAGGAGCAAGUGGCGGGCAGUGGGCCAGGUCCAUCAACCACACGUCGACGGGCGUCGUCUUGAACCCGCUCCAGAUCAGUCGGGGCAGGGGCGAAGCCAUCAAGCCGGGGACGGAGCUCCGCAUCCUGUGCGCCGGCGACUCCAUCACCGUCGGCACCUUUAGCGACACGGACGGCGGCGAUGGCAACGGCUACAGGCUUCGUUUGAGGAACGACUUGUCGGCCGACAGGGUUUCUUAUGUCGGAACCGUCACCACCAAGGGCGGCAACAUGAGCGACGGCUACUUUGCAGCAUGGCCAAGCAAGACGAUCCAGUACAUAGCCGAUAACAUCGAUCCGUCUCUGCAGCAGCGACCCAACGUCAUCCUCCUUCACGCCGGCACAAACGACAUGAAUCCCAACCACACAAUCUCGACCGAGGGCAACGAUCCUGCACAGGCCGUCGACCGCCUGGGCAGUCUCGUCGACCGCAUGAUCGAGCUGUGCCCGGACGCCGUCAUCCUCGUGGCCAUGAUCAUCAACACGUGCGACCCUGCCCAGGCCCCGGCCACGCACGAGUUCCAGAGCCUCAUCCCCGGCGCGGUGCAGCGCCGCUACGACGCCGGCCACCGCGUCCUGGCCGCCAACUUCACCUCGUUUCCCACGACGGAGCUCCGGGACUGCAUCCACCCGACCAACCCAGGGUAUAGUCUGUUUGGCGACUUUUGGUAUGACUUUUUCACGCAAAUUCCCCGCGACUGGAUCCAGAAGCCCAUGGCGGCACCCUCGAAACCCAAACAGCCCGAUUCGCAGCCGUCUUCAGGCGAGAGCCCCAGCCAUGCGGUCUUGAACCGGAGCCUCGUGGCGCGACACGCACUUGUCGCCUCCCUCGUUGCGUCUUUGACGAUUCUGGUCUGCUAA